UUCCAGUCAUGUAAACCAACACGGUCUGCCAAUGAGAUCAUCAACUCCAGUUGGCAAGCCUGGCAUACCCCACAAAGUCGCUAAUAUGACUUCACCUUAAGUUGCAGCAGUAAGAGAGAAUGUUCACGGAUCAACAAUCUUCAAGGCCUUUAUGGAAAAAGCAGUAUGUGUGCCAUUAAUCUAACAUUGCAUAUUAGCCAUACACAAUGUAAAAUGUGGAGGUGGCAGCAUCAUGUUGGGGAUGCAUUUCAGGAGCAGGCACUGGCGAUUUGAUAUGGAUUGAUGGGAGGAUGAAUGCUGUACAAUGCAGCCCAAUUCUGGAAGGAAAUUCUGUCCCUCUGUUUCAAAGCUUAAACAGGGAAGGAGAUUUGCCUUUCAACAGGAGUAUACUGUCAGAGCGACAAUGGAGUGGCUUAAAAUGAAGAAAAGUGUUGCCCUUCAGUGGCCCGGUCAGAGUCUUGACUUUCUUGCCACAGAAUGUUUUCAGCGAGACAUAAAAAACAGGCUUGGAGACAUUUCACUCUUUUUACAGAAAAGUGGCCAAACUCUAUCUUGUUAUUCUGGAAAAAUAUCUACAAAAUAAUGAAGCUUUUACACAGAAACCUAACACCAAGAAAGAGGCUAAAUUUGGUGUUGCAACAAGAGGCCUGAGUAUUGGAAUGUGCUAUUCAAAACCUGAGCAACUUGGUGACCUUGUCCAAGCGAGCAUAGAAUGCGGUCGAAUGACACACAGCUACCCUGCAGGCUUUCUUGGAUCUCUGUGCACUGCACUGUUUGUAUCAUAUGCUGUUCAAGGAAAGCCUAUAUCGCUGUGGGGACAUGACAUGUUGGCAGUGAUGCCGCUAGCGGAGGAAUACUGCAGGAAGAAGAUCGCCCAGUUCUCAGACUACAGAGAAAACUGGAUUCACUUUGAAAUGAAGUGGCAAUAUUUCCUUCAACAUAGAAAAAAUAACCAGGAUGGACAUGAAUGGUCAUUGAACUGUGGAACAUGUGAUGUCAAAGAAGGACUAAAGCUGCACAGACGCUGGUGCUCGGAGUUAUCUGGGAGAGACAGCCAUCUUGAAAUAACACUUGUUGUCUAUGAUGCCUUCUUAUCUUCUGGAAAUGACUGGAACAAGCUUUGUCAGAUGGCAAUGUCUCAUGAAGGAGACACUGAAUCUGUUGCGACUAUUGCUGGAUGUUUAUACGGCCUUUUGUAUGGCACAGGAAAAGUUCCCAAAUGUUGCCUACAAAAGCUGGUGCUAAGGAAUAAAAUGAAGCAGCUUGGACAGGAGCUAUACCAUGUAGCCAAUGGAAAGAGGGCUUAUCUUGGUGAAGAAUUCACAUCUUGCUAUGAUGCUUCUACUAGCUUAAGACACAUAGUUAAGAAAUUAUCCAACAAGCGUACUCUGGAUGAAAUUAACAAUCUUUUGAAUUACAUGGCAAUACUUGAAAAGGACCUUGCUCAGAAAGAAAGCUCCAAAUCUACAAGUCUGGAAAACAAUAGACUGGGUAAAGUAACUAUGCCAAAGAAACCUCGACCAACACGGUUUCAGCUACUUCAGGCUAGGUUUACAAAAUUAGGAUUGAAAAAUAUCUUAGAAAAGCCCACUAUUAAUGAACCUGAAGGAAAAAAUGCUAUUUCAAAGAAAAUAUGUCGUCAUGCUCUCAAACCCCUACAGGUUCAAAACAGAAAUUCUGUCAAAGAAACAGUGGAAGAGACUCCAAUGUUAGAAAAAGACAAAAGUGGUAUUUUUGUUGAAGGUAAUGAAUAUACUUGUAGUUUAAGCCAAACUAAUCCUAAAAAAUUAGAAAUGGAGACACCACCUGAUUUACAAGUUCAAGUUUCACACAGUACUUUUCUACAUGAUGCAUUUCCUAAUAACAGAGUGUUCCCUAUUCAGACAACUGAUAAAGGUCCAGGCCCAGAUUUAACUGUGUUACGGGCAAAUACUACCAAAACAGUCAUGAAGGUGCAAAAUGAGGAUUUUGCGAAAUCUGAAAUGGUGUCCCUAGAAUCUGACUUGAUGCAGACUCAACAAACCCAGCAACAAGACCCACGUGCUGAAAGUGGCACUUUGGGAUCCCCAACUAAGGAAGUACACAUAUCUAAUAAGAAAAAGCAGCAGGAUAACAGAAAUCAAAUGCACAUAGCUCAAAGGAUAUCUCCAAAAUUACCAGUACAAGCACAUGGAUACUUGGAACCCAACCAAAUUAAUCAUAUAUACAGUUAUUCUGAAAAAUAUCAGCAAAGCACAAAUUGUCAAAGCCUGCCUGCACACUUGGCAAGAACAAAUCUCUUUGGAAAUGUUCCCAUGCAGCUAACAGACAGCCAAGAAAGGGCAAAGCCAGAAACUAAAAUAAGCCAGAAACCUGUCCCUGGACUAACACUUCAUGAAAAUCUCAGACCUCCACCUACUGUUGUCAUCGUUGCAGCAGCAAACACAGGAGACUUAAAUGAUCCUUCCCUUCAACGAACAACCAAUGAAGACAAUUCACAGAUGUGUCAACAAAGAGUCUUACAAGUUAUUUCGCUCACUGAUGACAGGAUGACCACCACUUUUUCUAAAAACCCUGUUCUGAAAGAAAGUGGGGCUAUACUAAAGGUUCAAGAUACAAAGAUUAAAGAAUGUGGAGUGGUCACCAAGUCUGAGCCUACAGCUAAGACAACUUCAGAAGUGCACUUAUGCAAGCAAAUAGGUUUGCCUUCAAUGGGCCUUAGUGAGCAGAGUAGCAAAGACUUUCCCUGGAAAUAUAAAGUGUACAGUUAUGCUGAGCCAGUAACGUUCCCUCAAUAAUGAGCUUAAUACAGAUGUAAAAGGCAAACUCUUAAUGUUUGUGGACAUUAUCAUAUGGAGGGUGCUCUGACGUUUUGUUGUUACAUAACCACAUGUACAUCAUUCAAAAAACUUUAAAAAUGAAAAAUUGUGUUUCAACAGCUCCUGGGCAUAUCAUCAAUAGAACAAUUAUUAAAAUAGUGCAUGUUACAGUACCUAGUGACAUGGUAAAGAACACAUACUUACAGUACAUAUUUACGACAGCAAUGAACUUACUGCUGUCACCGUUUAACAAAGCUUACUUCUUUGUGCCUCAUCAGCAUAAGAUGAAAUGUUUUCAAAACACAGAAGAAAAUUAGAUGAAUUGUAAUCUGUAAAUUUAAACCAUUAAAAUUUAAAUGUUAUACAAUAAUAGUUGUUAUUCUCAAGUAAUCACAAUAUAUUAUUGAAAACAACAUUUUACAGUCAAAAAUACUAUUUAUAAUCUAAACAUAUAUAUAAUUCUACGAGUUGUCUAUUUAUCAUGAAAAACUCAUACAAUCCUGGACCUUGAAGCUUCAUCUUGCUUUCAGUCAAUAGCUUACACCAUGACAGACACAACACAACCCAUGAUUUGGAUAUCUGGUCAAAGGUGGCCUUGAAAUUCAGCUGCAACUCCUUCUCAAGGCCAGUGGAGAUGCUGCAGCGCACCAAGACUCACGUGUGUGACUUAGUGGACAUGAAAAUGACAGCUGAGUGAUCACAUCAUAUGUCUGUAACAAAAACUUAACAGGCACAGGUAUGUUGGCCUUGCUGACAGGAACCACCCAUGACAAACUCCUUGAAGUAUGCAGAAACACAGACAUACUCAACUCUGCGAAGUGCACACCAUCAUGCCUACAAGACAAACUACACCGGUGACUGCCAGUGACUGUUGGGCACAUUCCACACACCAAUGACAUACAUGUCAAAUACAGGACAGAAUGCAGAUGUGACAAACACUGACAGCUUCCUGCACAAACUUAAGACUCUGCUCCCAAAAUAAAGUGACACACCCUAUUUGGCCAAGAAAAAACAGCAACAUCACCAUCAGGCCAAAAGCAAGAUGAAUGACACAAGAUGGACAUUGCUGCACAUAACAAACACAGAGAUUGGCCCCAACUUCUACUAGAAUUGCAACAAUAAAUAAAUUUAGAACACAUGCACAGUAUCAACAGCUCCUUAUCUUUUGCAUCCAUUGCAGACUAUUUAAAAUACAGUGCAUAUGUGUUCAUGAAUUGAGGAUGAAAAAAACAAGCAUAAUACACAGACACUCAGGUUCUAUAACUUAUGUACAUACCAGUUCAGAUGAAGCACAUAAGCAAACAUUUUCAUGGCCUAAGGAUGUAGACAUUUCUCUCAUUUGCUUAGAAAAGUACAGGGUAAUAUUAACAAAAACAGCCCUUACACCCAAGCUGAACAAGAAGAAAAACUACAAGCACAGGCAGAUGAAAGACAGGUUCAAGAAGUUAAUAAGUACUUCCACAACUCUUUUACACAAGACCAAUGCUGUUAUUAUGCACAAAACUUUGUACAUUUGAUGCGUACCGCUUGACUAUUAAAUGAAUUUAUAACUUCUAUAAGAAAUGAAAGACACCAUUAUUUACAACACAUGCACAGUAUCAACCACCUCUUAUCUUUUCUAUCCAUGAGAGCCCCUGUUGAUAAUCCCCCAGGAUACCAUGCCUACGUAUUCAGAAUUCAUAAUCAAGUUUAUAAUUAUAUUGGUGGAUUACACCACUUAGACAAAGACUUACCUGAAACCUACUCCAGUCUUUAUAGUUUACGGUGAAGUGUUUAUACCAAGACUUUUAAGGCCUGAAAAUAAAUCUCACCUCAUUUGCUUUGAAAAUUACAGAAUUUCAUUGAAGCUGCCAAUACUUAGCCCAAGCAUUUAAAAAUAUAACACCAGUUCAAGAUGAAGAAAAACAAACAGCACAGACAGAGGACAGACAGGUUUAAGAAAUUAAAAUGUACUUCCAAACUGAUUUUAUACAAAACCGAAAAUGUUAUAGUGUUACAACAUCAAAUACUAUUGCUGAUGUGUUCACUACAAACAGCCUAUUCAUUUUACUACCCUGAUGCCUAUCCAUUAUAAGCCCUCAUGUCGAUCUGAUUGUUUUCCAUUCCAUCUUAUUUGAGGACUGGAGGGCUGAUACUGUUCCACUACUGUAAUAUACAUUACUGUGACUAAUAUACUACUAGCGUAAAUGCACAUAUAAAGAAAAUAAACAAUGAAAUAUUAUAUUUUAAAUAUCAGAAUGUCUGAAAAAUAAUGCAACACCCAAGAGCAGAUUUCAGCACAACCUUAGUUUAAUAAGAACUCAUAAUGUGCAUUUAUGGAGCUGUUAAGAUCUCUUUUUAUUAAUAUAAAAUUACCACAAUCAUCCUUUAAAAAUGUGCUACCUCUUUAAACCCAAACAUAA